AUAUAUCUUAGUUCAUAUUUGUGAUCCGUGCAGCUCAAUCUGUGACCUUUGGUAGUAACAAUCAAGAAGCAUUGUGUACAUGAUGAAGUGCACAAUACCUGGAAUAAAACUGCUUGUGUUGGAUUUCUGGCACCAUCUGUAACUGUGUAAUCUCAAAUAAAAAAAACUGAAGACUCAGUGAAAAACUUCUAAAAUGCAGACUUCCAGCUCUAGGCCUGUGCACCUGAGUGAGUGGCAGAAGAAUUACUUUGCAAUUACAUCUGGCAUAUGUACAUCAGGACAGAAGGCAGAUGCAUACCGUGCACAGAUAUUACGCAUUCAGUAUGCAUGGGCAAACUCUGAGAUCUCCCAGGUCUGUGCUACCAAACUGUUCAAAAAAUAUGCAGAGAAAUAUUCUGCUAUUAUUGAUUCUGACAAUGUUGAAACUGGCUUGAAUAACUAUGCAGAAAACAUUUUAACUUUGGCAAGAUGUCAACAAACUGACAGUGACAAGUGGCAGUCGGGAUUGUCGAUAAAUAAUGUUUUCAAAAUGAGUAAUGUACAGAAGAUGAUGCAAGCUGGCAAAAAAUUCAAAGACUCUCUAUUGGAUCCUGCUGAUGCAUCAGUAGUAAUCCAUAAAGAGGCCACUGUGUGUGAUCUUCCUAAAUUCAGUGUUUGUUGUGGUUAUGGAAAGAGUGACAUAUUACCUGAUUCAACUCAUGAUACAGAUAGGACCCAAGACAUCCCAGAGAGCAAUCUUUUGAAAUGCUUUCAGAGUGCCCAACCAUCUGUGGUGACUGAUACCAGUAGGACUUGUCCUACAUUUUCAGUGCCUUUAGGUGAUUCAGCCACUGCAAAAUUCCAUGCCACACCAUUGUUUGGAAAUGUGAAAAAGGAAAAUCACAGCUCUCCGAAAGCCAACAUAGGACUAAAUAUUUUCUCAUCUAAUCAGUCUUGUUUUCCUUCUGGCUGUGAAAAUCUACGAGAAAGGAAGCCUUUUUGUGGUUCUGGCACCACUGAUGCACUUUCCAAUCCAAUACUCAGUAAGGCUUUUAGUAAAACAGAAGAUAAUGGUCAAAAGGAGGAAAGCAGCUUGCCUACUUUUAAAACUGCAAAAGAACAAUUAUGGGUAGAUCAGCAAAAAAAGUACCACCAACCCCAGCGUGCAUCAGGGUCUUCAUAUGGUGGUGUAAAAAAGUCUCUGGGAGCUAGUAGAUCCCGAGGCAUAUUUGGAAAGUUUGUUCCUCCUGUACCUAAGCAAGAUGGGGGAGAGCAAAAUGGAGGAAUGCAGUAUAAGCCUUAUGGGGCCGGACCUACAGAACCAGCACAUCCAGUUGAUGAGCGUCUGAAGAACUUGGAGCCAAAGAUGAUUGAACUUAUAAUGAAUGAGAUUAUGGAUCAUGGACCUCCCGUAAAUUGGGAAGAUAUUGCAGGAGUAGAAUUUGCUAAAGCCACAAUAAAGGAAAUAGUUGUGUGGCCCAUGAUGAGGCCAGACAUCUUUACUGGUUUACGGGGACCCCCCAAAGGAAUCCUGCUCUUUGGUCCUCCUGGGACCGGUAAGACUCUUAUUGGCAAGUGCAUUGCUAGUCAGUCUGGGGCAACAUUCUUUAGCAUCUCUGCUUCAUCCUUGACUUCUAAAUGGGUAGGUGAGGGGGAGAAAAUGGUCCGUGCAUUGUUUGCUGUUGCAAGGUGUCAGCAACCGGCUGUGAUAUUUAUUGAUGAAAUUGACUCCCUGUUGUCUCAACGGGCUGAUGGUGAGCACGAAUCUUCUAGAAGGAUAAAGACUGAAUUUUUAGUCCAGUUAGAUGGAGCAACCACAUCUUCUGAAGAUCGUAUUCUAGUGGUGGGAGCAACAAAUCGGCCUCAAGAGAUUGAUGAGGCUGCUCGGAGAAGACUGGUGAAAAGGCUGUAUAUUCCCCUCCCUGAAGCUUCAGCCAGGAAACAGAUAGUAAUUCAUCUCAUGUCAAAGGAGCAGUGUUGCCUCAGUGAAGAAGAGAUUGAACGGGUUGUACAGCAGUCUGAUGGGUUCUCUGGAGCUGACGUGACACAGCUUUGCAGAGAGGCUUCUCUUGGUCCUAUUCGCAGUUUACAGACUGCUGACAUUGCUACCAUAACACCAGAUCAGGUUCGACCAAUAGCUUAUAAUGAUUUUGAAAAUGCAUUUAGAACUGUGCGACCUAGUGUGUCUCCAAAAGAUCUAGAGCUUUAUGAAAACUGGAACAAAACUUUUGGUUGUGGAAAGUAAAUGGGACACUUGAAAUUAAAAUAUGGCAUCUUUAUAGUAUAGUCUUUCUCAUUUUGUAGCAUAGGAAGCUGGGGAUGUGUUAAUUGUUUUUGAGAGUAUAUUUUGAAUUUUUUUUUACCUCAAAUAACAGCAAUAGCUCAGAUUUUACAAGUGAUUGGCAUAGCCUUUGUUAGUAUUUGCCUUCCAGUUAUUACCUGAUGUGUAAGCCUAUUUAAAGAAAAUGGAUUUUUUUUGUUUUGCU